AUUUCGCUCCGGACGCUACAGAGAAAUUUUGUUGCAAGUCCUUCUCUGGGAGCCAAUUUUACCCUCUAUUUUCCGGAUUUCCUCGCUUGACGCCCCUGCACCCCAUUCCCAGAUUGUUAGAUCAUAUUGGAUAUAAAAGAAAAAAAUGGGGGAGGAUUUACUCUCUCUAAAGUGGAAUAACCACAAACCAGGCAUUCUUCCACCUGCUAAGAAUCUUACGAGAAAAGGGAUGUUAUACAGAUGUGACCUUAGCGUGUGGUACCAAAUUCUUUGCUGUUCAUCGAUUAGUUUUAAUGGCAUGUAGUGACUUUUUCAAUGAGGUAUUUGAGCACACACAAUGCCAGAAGCCAGUUAUUGUUUUGAAAGACAUAAAAGGCCAUGAACUGGAGGCACUACUUGACUAUAUGUACCUAGGGGAGGUGGAUGUGCAACAGGCUGACUUACCAGGACUCAUAAAAGCUGCAGAAUGCUUGAGAAUUAAAGGCCUAGCAGUCCCUGAUGAAGACCCUUCACAAACUGGUAAACACGAACCACAGACAAGUGGAGAGCGGCCGGCCAAGAGGCGGAGACAAGAACGUGACGGGAGAGAAGGGGACCGGGGGAGUGGGGGGGACAGAGGGAUACACACAUCAGCUUCAGCCAAUAUCCUGCCACAGUACAGUCAUCAGUUGGUGGGUGAGGUCGUCCCAGCAGAGGUGGAUAAUGUAGGGAGUCCUGGCGCUGUUCCCCUUCCGGCUGAAGACCCUUCCCACCUUCCUGUUCAUGAACAAGUUGGUUCCCAGCAGCCAGAGCUCCACCACCUACAGAAGGAGCAGGAAGUAACCCCCUCUUCACACCUGCAUGAUGCGCGACUCCAACAGGAAGCACAAGUCUCGCAGGAAGUGGAGGCCUACACCACCAGUGCGGCAGAAAUCAAAACGGAACACUGUGAAGUACAAGAGGAUAUAGAAAAUGGGGGAUUAAAAAGUGAAGUGUCGGAAGCGCGAAGUGACCCCAUGAAUGAGUCACCUGGGGGAGGUGGGGACUUUUCACACUUCUUGUCAGUUGAAGAGAAUCUUGCGCACCAUAUGUUUCAACAGACGCACCAAGCAGGCACUUCAGGAAUACACAGACAAACAGGCAGAGAUAGCGGUUCAGAAGUAACCACGGAAGAUGGGAAUAUAAAUCGUGGAGGCCUAUACUCCACACACCUCUUAGGAGAUGUGGUACCUGAGGGAACAGCCAGCCAUGCCAACCAGUCGGGUGCUGCAGCUGAACAAGCUGGUCCCUACCGCUGCCCGUAUUGCCCCCGCGUGGACCAGUAUGAGAGCAAGUGGCUGCGGCACCUGCGUAUUCAUACUGGGGAGAAGCCAUACUUUUGUUCGCUCUGUGACUUCAGAGCCAGCACCAAACACUCGGUUGUCAGGCACACUAAAAUGAAGCAUCAGAUAUGGGGUAACCAGAGUCAAUAAAUUUGAUUGAUAAGGUGUUUUGAUUUAUUUAUUAUUAUUUUUAUUGAUUUAUUUAUUAUUAUUAUUAUUUUUUUUUUUUUUUACUUUUUUUUUUUGAUUGACAAACACUUGAUCAAUUUAGCUCCUUUCCUGGGGAGGCAGAAGCAGCUGUUGUCGAAAUAGAAUCUCAAAAUGUGAAGUUCUCUUGUUUCCAAGGGCUUUUGUUGUGAAAAAUGUACAGUAUAGAUUAUAAAAGUCAUUAUUAUUGUAUUGUUUUGAAAGAACUAUAGAUGCAGUAUGUGAUUAUUUUUUUAGGGGGGGAAAUCGUGUGGGGGAAUUAGUUGAAUAGUUCUUAGGUAUACCAAGACUAGCAUGUGUGACUUUGAAAAAGUGAUUAUGUGCAACUUAUGCUAAGACUAUUGACAGAUGACUUUAUUGUGUUAUUUAAAAGAGAGAAAAAUAUUUGGUAUUGUAAAUUAUUACCAUAUAUUAUUAUGUAGAGAUUAGAGGUGGAAAAAGUAUCGGAACCAUUCCCAGAAAUUUUUGAGGGGUAAAAUGUUUUACAGAAUUUUUCACUGAAAAUUUAAACACUUGUUAAUCAAUUGCUUGAAUGUUAAGAAUGACUUGAUAGAGAUUGCUUUGUAUAUAAUAUUUAAAUUCCCAGGGCAGUCAAAGCAGAGCUGCCAGCUGACUGUGAUACAUAGUCGAUUAUGAUAUGUCGAAAUAUUUAAAUUAACUGACAGCAAUUUGUAUAUACUAUUUAUUCAAACUAACCAUUUCAUAGAAAAAAAAAAAAUAAAAGCUGAAAUAUUUCAUGGAAAAAGGUCUAAGCUCAAGUAAGUCUCUUUACAGAAUGCACCAUUGAAUGCAUUAUCCUUUGCUUAUGUUUUCUGUGAUCAGAUAAUUGUUUGUUUUGAGUCUGUAGAUUGUUUAUCAUCAUAUUUUCUUGUAGACUAACCAUUUUGGAGUAAUUAAAGUGAUUUUGCAGGUAGCUUCUAAGUGCUAAAUGGAAUGCUCAAACACCAAAGGAAAUGUUAAUUCUUAGAUGUGAAGUGUUUUCAUUUUGCUGAUUUGAUUUCUUGGACGUUAAUUUGUGGAUAAAUGUCCCAGAAUUUCAAGUAAUGGUUGGACAAAGAGAGACUAUGUUUUCCUGUUUCACUUAUGUAUACAUAUCGUAUAGUUCCCUUGACUGAAGCGCAAAUAAAGACUUUUAAUGAGAAUUUGUAGCCCAUAAAAAGUAGUUAUUAAACUUCUGGUUUCAUGUUUUUAAUGUUGCAAAAACUGAGAGUUGUAGGUUACCCCUUGAAAAUUUCACAAAAAGUUUUAAGUCAUAAAUCUAGGUUCUUAGAAAGGAAAAAACUUGCUCCACCUCUGGUAGAAAUACUGUUGUACUUUUUUUUGAUGCUUGUAUCAAAAUACAGAUGUUAUUUUGUAGACUCUUUUGUCUACUCAAACCAAAUCAUAUUUUAUGUAAGGUCUUAUCCUGAUCAUUUUGUAUAAAUGGAAAAAGAAAACAUGAAAAAUGUUUCCCUAGUGAUCCUUGAUUAUAAAUCCUAAGUACUGUCCAAAGAAAAAUGAAGAAAAAUGCAUCAGGCAUAAAAGACAAAAGUGAAAUUUAAAAUAGAUAUAAAGCAUUUGUUUGAAC